AUGCAGCUCGACCCCCUGCUACAUCACGCUCUGGAGAAGGAGGGCUGCAAGAGCGCCUACUUCGAUCGCUUCCGGCGCUUGGUCUCCAAGUACUACCGGGAGGGGCUGACCAAGCCGACCCUUCUCUUCUCCUUAUCUCAGGAGAGAGCGUUCCUGGAGAAGCCGGAGGUGGUCAUGGACCAGCUGGUGAGCUACAGAGAUCUGGCGGCGUGGCCCUUGGAGGAGGGCUUGGAGCGGCUUCGUGGUCACGCCCGAACGAAGGCCCGCCAGCGCCGUUUCAAGCGCUUUCCCGAUGUGACGCUGGUGCUGAGCUACUGCCGCGAGAACCUGCAGUGGAUGAAUGCAUCCUUCAGUCGAAAGGUGAUGCCUUCUGUAGACGUGGUGGUCGUGGCCAAAUGCUCCGACGUGGAUGCUGCCGGCGCCGUUCCCUUCCGGUCACUCUGGAGAUCUGUUGAGCAAGUCGACGUCGAGGACCUGCCACUGCGUGCCGACGAGUGCUCUGCUUAUCUGGGCUACUUGUCGGAGAAGUACUACGACCUGCCCCGGCACAUGAUCUUCGUACAUGCUGACAUGCCGGAGCAUAUCGGUGCUGGGAGGCCGAACAUCGUUGACGACACGCUGCGGUCUCUGUCGCACGGAGCACACGUUCCUUUCGCCCACCUGGGCAACAACCGCGUCACAAUGCGCUGGAACUCUGACGUCAUGACUCCGCUUUGGAAGGGCCUCUUCAAGAGCAGCCUUGCACCGGCGGCCGGGGAGGUGAGCACCUACUGCUGCUCCCAUUUCGUGGUGUCCCGGGACCGGGUCUUGCAGCGUCCGAAAAGCUUCUACGAUCAGGCUUUGAAGUUCCUCACGUCUCCUGAGAGCUACUUCUACUUGCCUGCUCCCUGGUUGGUAACCCGCCAGCAUCGCGCGGCAGAGCAUGACAUGCAGGGCCGGCUAGUCUGCCAGAAUAUGAUGUUCCUUUGGCACAUCAUCUUCGGAGAGCCGCUGGCCCUGCCUCAUCGGAUGUACGAUCCGAGCCUGCCCCUGUUUCUGAAGACCCGGAACAUUCGGACCGCUUACAUGGCGCCGACAGCAGCGGCGCUGAAGCAUCGUGUCGCCUGCGUCACAUGCCGCUCCAGGCUGGAUCCUCUCGUCGCCAGUCUGGAAACUUCCAACACUUCCUCCUCAUCUUCCUCUUCCGGGAAGGUGUCUGAGGAUACCCUGAGUGUCAUGCCGGAGGGGCCAUUGCCGCUGACCUCUUGGCUGGCAGCCGACUCGAGCCGGGGCUUGGAGCCCGCGCCCUUGGCAUGCCAAGAUUUGGCAUCCCUCGCCGCCUUCCUUGCAUCGUUCGGUGCAGGCGGCAUGGAGGACGUAGCCGAGGAUCUGCAGGGCCGGCGCGGCGCGGGCCGCUCCAGCGGCAUCGUGCGCUGCCAAUACCACGCGCAAUACUGUGCCGGUUGUGGUUUCCGCUGCAAUUGCGGGCCGAAGAAGCGCGUCCCCGUGACUGGAAAGAGAGGCGCUUCAUCAGCCACGACAUGCUACCCCAUGAUUGCCGAUGCUGCUAUGCCAGCGUCGGCACAAUCAGGUGUGCUUACACCACAUGAGAAGGACCGCUUCAUCGCAAUACUCCAGGGCGGUACGACGGAUGCAGAGUGGAAGCAGCUGGGCACUGUAGACCUGGACACGCUUUGCGACCUCCUUCUGUGGCUCACCGACCGAGGCCUCUGCGACAGCUGCAUUGAUGCAGUCGUGGGCUUACAACAAGAGAUACGGUGUUCCGCCGCGACGAUGUGCGGAUGUGGAAAGUGCCCAUCUGCGGACAAAAACAAGAAGGCGAAGACGACUCCAUCCCUGCCCCCGCCGCCCAACAAAUACACCGUGAAGUGCGACGGCCUAUCGCACAUUGCACCGUCUGACACGCUGCCGCGGAUCCCUGGGAUGGCUCCCGAGGUGGUGCGAGUCCAGGGACGUUUGCGGGCCAUUUGUGGCAUCUACCGCAUUCAGCAAAACACUUUGAACGGCCGGGCCGUGUACAAGAAGGAUCGCUCUGAAGCGUACUUGCUGUACACCACGCUCAAGGACUGGAUGUUCUCCGGCCGCCCCGAUGCCGGGGGCACCCGCUGCGAGGGCUGGGCAUACGUCACCGACCCAGCCGAGUUCCCAGACGAGGUCUGUGGUGUUUGGAAGGUCUCUGGCGCAAGGGGUUGGGAGGAGGAUACGACCCUGGUGGUCAGCUGUUACGAGGGCAUGCCCGCAGAAUUCAGGGAGAAGCGGGACCCAGUCAGUCUGGAGGGUAGCAGCGCAAUGACGCAGAAGCUGUGCUACGAGGACGGCAUCUUACGCAUCCCGAUCCAGAAGCAAGAGGACUCCGUCAUGUUCGCCCAGGACACUUUGCAGGAAGAGACGAAGGACUGCGGUGCCGGGCUCAUCGUCGAUCACCUGGUUGCUCUCAGCUCGCAGCUUGAGACGGAGAGUGGGGUCAAGGUUUCGAUGAGUGCGCAGAUCUUUCCCGUCUCUGGACACCCGGUCUACCACCGUUUGGACGUGCACUGGGUGGCUGGCCACCAUGCCACGAGCCCAUAUGCGCGCCACGGCGAGGUGAACUUUGGGCCGCGGCUCGAACUUCCUGUGGAGGGUGGCGCGCAGCUCGCAUGGUGCACAGUCCUGGCCGGCAGCACCAGCGUUCAUCUCAUGGAGUUGGCACGCCGCGAGGGUCACGAGAAAGUCCGGCAGUACCAUCAGAUGCUCGGCUACCUUGGCGACUCCCAGGGAAAGGAGCGGAACUUCGACCGACAGCAGGAAGUCAGGACUGCGAGCUGCGGCCAGCUCCCAGCCGAGUACAACCUGCGGACGGAUCCAGCCCAUGCGAGCUGCUUCGAUUCCGGAGCAGUGACGAACCAGGGUGGAUGCGGAUCUUGCUGGGCCUUUGCAGCUGCCCAUGCGAUGAAUGGACGGCUUUGUCAGCAGGACCAGGCCGACAUCAACAGCAACAGUGACGGUCUGGGCCGGCGAUUCGUCAGUGUGCAGGCAGUCCUUGGCUGCAGCACAUCCGGCCAGGGCUGCGAUGGUGGCUGGAUGUCGAAUGCUUUCAACGAGUGGGAGAUUGGUGGUGCACCCCUGGACCGGGACUACAGCUACCACCCCACGGGCGGAGGUCAGCCCUGGGAUUCCCUGGGAAGGCCCUGCCAGUGGGGCUCGGUUCCCAAGCCGUACCGCGUUACCAGCACCUAUUGGGUCGACCUCAACGUCGACAACAUGAAGGCUGAGGUGUACUGCAAUGGUCCCUUCACUGUGGCUUUCGAAGUCUACGACAACUUCUUUGGCUACUCAAGCGGAGUCUACAAGGAAGUCAGUGGAGGCAUUGCCGGGGGCCAUGCGGUGGUCUUGGUUGGAUAUGGCACUUCGGGGUCCGACGACUACUGGGAGCUGAUGAACAGCUGGGGCAACGGUUGGGGCGAUGGCGGCUUCUUCAAGAUGCUGCGCGGAGUCAACCUUGCCUCGAUCGAGUCGUGGGGCAGCUCAGCCGCCCAUGUGGAGAAGACACAGGGGUCCUGGGUCUACGACGAAUGGAGUGGAUGCGUGCCUGAAGGGGGCCCACCUGCUGGCCAGGGGCUCACUGGAGAGUUCUUCUACUUUUCGCAAGGAGACAGCAUCCCGGACUUCGCCGGCAGAACGCCAGAUCUGACGCGCGAUGAUGGCGAGGUCAAUUUCAAGGGCGAUUUUGGCCUUGAGGUCAGUGACCACUUCGCCGCUCGCUGGAACGGCAAGCUGAAGAUUGAGACGCCAGGGCAAUACGAGUUUUCAUUGACUUCGGACGACGGCACUAAGCUCUACAUCAAUGGUGAGCAAGUCAUCGACAAUGACGGCCUCCAUGGGGACCGCGAAGUGAAGGUGACCAUGCAGCUCAGCUCUGGGCUCAUCGACGUUCGCAUCGAAUUCUUUGAGAACGGAGGAGGCGAGACUUGCAUCUUCAAGUGGAUUCCGCCCGGAGGGUCUCAGGCUGUCGUCCCCAGCUCGGUUUUGGUGCCUCAGCAGGAGGUUCCCACAUCCUACAAGAAGUCACGAGGAGUGACAUGCGUGAGCAACACGGACAUCACGCAGACGAAAGAUGCCUCGCACUGCCCAGUCGUCAACAGCUGGCCUGACAAGGCUUCCUUCCCCGUGCCCAGCAGCAACAGGGCAGCCGAGAAGGCGCCAGUGGCGAUCGAAGUGUGCGGCGAGGACGAGGCGACCUGCACCGCUGCUUUCUGCCACGGCCACGGCACUGCUGCUGAGGUGGGCGGCACCUGUACCUGCAGCUGCUCCACCGGCUAUGAGGGCGAUCGCUGCGAGAUGUGCAUCUCCGGAUACGAAGGCUACCCCACUUGCCGGGAGAGCUGCACUGCGGAGGCGGACUGCAACUCGCGAGGUCAAGCUUCCGGUGUGAAAUGGCUGAACGAGUUCGGUUCUCAACUCGACAGCUGCGCCUGCGUCUGCGAUCCGGGCUACAGCGGCCUCAACUGUGAGACCGAAGACUUCGGGUCUCCGGGCAUGAUCUGCGAGUACUACUACUUCACGCAGGGCUCCAACGUCCCGGACUUCGCAGGAAGGACACCGGACAGCCACAUCGUCGCUCCUGAGAUUGACUUCACCAGUGACGAUCGCUUCCCGGAAGUCGCGCAACACGACCAUUUCGCCGUCAGGUGCACAGGGUUUCUGAAGAUUCAGACUCCCGGAACCUACGACCUCUACACCGCCUCAGACGAUGGUUCCUUCCUCUACUUGGAUGGGGAGCGCGUGGUCGACAACGAUGGCUUGCAUGGGACUCAGGAGAGAAGUGGGUCCAAGCAACUGGCAACUGGCUGGCAUCCACUGCUUGUUGAAUUCUUCGAGAAUGGCGGUGGCGCAUCUCUUACCGUGAAGUACAAGGGACCGGACUCAGGCGAUGCGAAGGUCGUGAUUCCUUCCUCCGCACUGAGCACGCACAUCGCGCCAACCACCACUGCGCCCCCAACGACCACGGAGGCCACCACCACCGUGCCCACCACCACUGCCACAACCACCGUGGCAACUACCACCACGACGACCACCCCCACAACGACCACAGUCACGACCACGACCACGGUUGCCACAACCACAGUGACGACCACCAUCACCACCACCACGGUGGCCACGACCACAUCCUUCAGCGGACCCCCCGGGCCUGCAGGGCCCCCUGGUCCUCCCGGCCCUCCGGGACCACCCGGUCCUCCGGGACCCCCUGGGCCAGCGCGCUAG